AUGGCGUCUGGUUACGUGAAAAGGGUAAGUGACCCUCUGCAUCGAUAAAACAGUUCCAGUCGCUGCAGUGGCCAUUUUUGGGGGGCUAAGUAACUUUUUAAUUAUACUAUACCAUCCAAGAUCGGACUCUAUUCAGUUUUGAACACCCUAGAGGAUUUAUUUCACGGUUAGUUUGCUAAAUGUACAUCGACAAGGUACUAAGCAAAAUCAAGACUCGUACAUAAUAUAUCUUGAAUUCAUGUCACCUCACAUAUGAAAUUGCUUAAAUUUUUCAGUCAACGGCUUUGGUUGGUUUGGCAGUUUCCAAAGCACCCAGGGAGGUAAGAAUUGAAGUAACAUUUUAUUGAAAUAUGGCGAUUAUUUUUUUGUUUUGCGGGAACUCAUAUUUGCGCUGUGAGGUGCCUCUAAAUGACGUUUGUGAUCUCCGUUUAAUCUUUUGAACGCAAAUGGCAAUACUUAUUGAGUUAAAGAAUUCUAUUCGAUGUCAUCAAUGUCUCUCUACCUAAAGAGCGGAGGGGAGGAAAGGCAGGGGAGUUAGAGUGGGGGGGGAAGGAAAACAGGGAGGUUAGAGUCUUCCACUUCCCGUACCUGACUCCCACCCUUCAUUGUGUUGCUCCCAUCUUUAGGUUAAUCAAGGUGAAUUAAGGCCUUAGCCUUGUCCAAAAUAAAAAAUUGCAUUGUAAAGUGAACCACUCCACACUUACCAGCGCGCUCACUGAAGUGGCAAUUCUUUGAACAAGUUUGCUACAUGAGGCAAAAUCUACAGUAAUUUGGGAUGCACAGUCACACAGAGCAAGCUCCCAAGUGGGUCUUCCAUUUACAGAUUUUUUGUUGCCACACCAAAAAAUGCUGAGGCCAAUUAAUAUAGACAACAUAUGACCUGACCCUGAACCGUUAAUGACCCUGAAUUGCUUUCUUUGCUGGAGAUUUAUGACAGCUACAGCUUACCAGACACUAAAGUAUAAGUGUACAUGUGUCAUGUGUCAUGCCAUCUCAUGAUUUAUGAUGUAAUCGAAUUGAAGGGAUUUCCAGAUUCACCAGAAGAAAUGCUGUUUUUCCAGCCCAAGUACAAAUUUAUAUUUUCUUGCCUCCAAAAUUUUCUUUUAAGGGUUGGUGGAUGUUUAAUGGAAAUUUCAAAACUUUGCUAGAGAAGUAUUUUUGACUGAAUAAUACCCAGUAAUAAACAACAAACUAUUGCCUUCUUUAUUUCUGCUCCUGCUUUCUGCCCUCUCCUGCCCCCUUUUCUUCUGGUCUCCCACCCCCCUGUCCCCCUCCACUAAAGAGUCUGACACAAAAAGCCUUUCUCACCCCCUUGCCAUGUUCAAUGAGACACUUGAAUAAAGGGGUAAGUUUCUAAAGAAACUGUGGUGCUGCGUCAGUGGGAGAGUAUAGCAGGUAAUUUAGUGUUAACAACUGAGUUGAAAACGUAAAUUAGCCACCGUAAGGGUAAAAAAGCUGACGUUUCGAGCAUUAGCCCUUCGUCAGAGCGAUCAAUGAGACACUGUUUUAUUGCAACUUUAUCACAUCUCAUAUAUUAAUGUAUUAUGCUGAAUCAUUUUUAUCACACAAAAGAGGAGCCAUCACUGCCAAAUAGGUGACUCAUUGGUGGAUUUUUUUGUAUGAAAUAUGAAUAACUACCAUAACAAGGAGUAGCUGCAAAAUGCGGAACUUCAUAUAAGGGGUUUUCUUUGGCUUAAAGUUGUCAAUGACUAUAGUGUUGAAUUGUGCAGGAUGUUUUACGUCAUGACCCUUUUUGGCAGUGUAGGGACAGUCCCAAAAAAAUCCUCGAAAACUACAACCUUCUGGGUGUGUGUGCUACACAGUAUACCGUGAACUUUUUUGACUUGCUUAAAAUGUUGGGUUUGCAGUUCAUAUUAAAAUUCAGUACUCUUGAUUGGCCUCAUCUGGUUUGGCAAACAGCACAAUCAAUUCUUUUGUCUUCAAGGCUCUCACAAAGUUGUAUAAAGAGACAUUGGUGUUGUUGGGAAGCAUGCCAAAGAGUGCCCAGUACCGUAUACACACAGAGCAGAUCACUAAACAGAGACUAGAUGUUGUGGAACAGGUACCUUGUCAUUAACAUGAAGAGUAGUGUAGUGUUAAGCCAGUUGUUUCCAAGAGAAGGGACAAUUUGAUCUUCACAGGUUAACAGAAAUUAUAGUAAUCAAACGAAAAUCAGCUUGAUACAUUCAGGCUUUCACAAUAAACAUAAUGUAGUUAACUCAAUAAGAUCAAUUGGUCACUAGCUGUCUGUGUCAUAUAUGCUCUUUGUGGAAGCAACCCAUUAAAUUUACCUUUCUUCCAACUUGUGGCUGGGGCACUCGGUUGGUGCAAGCAUAUAGAAGGCUGGGGUUCAAUUCCUGUUGAAUCCUGAAUUUUGUCAGACCUGUUUUCUUGCAGUUUGUUAAACUUCACUUGAAGAUCAAUUCCUAACUUUGUCUCUUCCACCAGUAAACUUUGAUCUAUUACACAUACAUUAUAUUUGUGUUACAAUUAUACCCUUUUCCCCCCACCCUGCAGGUUUUUCUGCAGUAUAUUUCUAUUUUAUGACCAACUAAUUUUAUAAGUGAAUUUAUGUUUAGGAGAGUGACAUACCACAACUGGAAAACAAACUUGGAGCUGGACAAAUUGAAGAAGUUAUUCAACAGGUAGGUAAAUUUUGUACAUUAUUGUAAUCAAUUAACAGUUAAACCCUCCACAAUGGUCCCCAAGAGGACAAGAAAAAAUGCUGCCAAAUACUGUAUCAAUUGGUUUUCUUUAACUUUUGACACAUUUUUGUUUCUAGGCACUUGGAUUAUGAUAUAACGCUCAUUUGAUCAUGUUCACAUAUUAAAUUUGCAAUGCAAUCUCUAAAUUAUUACUAGUGCUUUCACUUUUAGUCUUUAAGAUAUUUUAUCUUAACUUAAACUGUCAGAGGCUGCCUUCUUGAGCAAGUUCACAUUUAGCAUAUUGUUCACUGAUUAAUGAUUUACUGGUCACUUUGUUAGUUGGGAUACACUUCAAUGAUCACUGCUGUUGUGAUCAGCAACCCAUUUUAGGACUGUUAGAGAUGUUAAUAUAAAAACAAACAUAUCGACAGUCUGCUUGGAACAAAAUGUACAAUAGAGAUGCCAGUUGUAAUAUAGAGAUUUAGCCAAGCCUAAAAGUGGAGCUCACACUUUUUUUUCCCCGUACAUCUCAAAGGCACAAUGCCUUGCCUUGACUAGGACUAGAACCCAGGUCAUCUGACUCAGAGCCCAGUGCACUGACCACUGGACCACUGAACAAGGCCAUGGCAUUGGUGUGCCCGUGGUACAGCUGACCACACAUGUUAAAAGUAGCACCUUGUACGGUCGUACGGUUGUAUGGUCAUACAUCCAAAUUUUUUCAGCUUGAUGGGUUACUACUAUUUUGUAUAAUUAUGGGGCUACGCUCUGCAAGCUCCGCUUAAAAUGUGGAGGUUUACCUGUAUUAUAAUCUUGGCAGCGUAUUAAGUGAAACUUGUAUAUGGAACAUGAUUUUGAUCGGAACCCACUUGUGCCAGUUUGUCCCCAUGAUUUUCCUUUGCUUGUAGGCAGAAGAUGAGCUGUCUUUGGCCAAGAAGAUGCAAGAUUGGCAACCUUGGGAACCACUAGAAAAUCCUCCACCUGCAGACCAGUGGAAGUGGCCAUGACAGUCUGGAUGAAAAAUUUGUUUUCUGAGGAAUUGGUUUUGGGUAUAAGUGUAAAUGACAGGGAAAUGACAUCUAUGGCAUCCAUGACAGGAAGCCUGAGAUAUGGACUUAUUAGUUUUUGUACAAACGUUAGUUUUGCCAUCUUGUAUCGCUGUAUUUACUUCUUUUUUUAAAACAUUUCAAACAAGGAUUGGGAUUUGUGCACAAGUGAAUAAAGAUGCAAAGAAUGAUGA